AUGAACGAUGAUACUGGAGCUGACAUUUGCACUAUCACCGAAAGCGACGUAAAUGCCUUGACAGCCGCCGCUCAAACCGCAAGUGCAUCCCGUAUCACACAGCCACUUCUGCUUGGUUACAUCGGGGUGCAAACCUCUGAUGGGCGUGUCAACUUUGAACCGAGACGGAGGUUGCGACACGUGAACGGUGUUCCUAACGGAUACUCUGGCUUACUUCCAGGUAAGGAAGCACGGCAAAACGUCGACGCUAAUGGCAAUGACAGUGGUGAGAAUGGUGACGAUGAUGGCACCAAAACCAGUCCCAAUACCACUACCGAAGCCCCAUUCGAUCUAGAAGGCACCGAAGGAAUUGAAAUGGACGAGGUCGUAGUCCUGGGGUGGCAAAGAUGGCAACGGGAGUUGAGAAGUAUAGUCUAA